UGCACUUUAUUGUUAAUUUUUAAUUCACGAUCGCGUCACCAAUGCUGCCAACUUAAAUUCCGAUCGCUGUAUCAGAAAGGCGAGAAGUAUCGAUAUCUAUCGAGUUAUAUCGACCACUACCGACGCCGAAGCCGAAGCCAGAGAUAAGAUGGCCGCCGACCGACGCGCACAGUGCGAGUGACCAGAGUAUUCUUUAACAGCUUUACGACUUACGAGGACGAAUAGUACAGAAUUGAUGGAAUCAGUAUUUUUAGAACGUUAAUUAUGCGAACGUAACACUUGCCGUUAUGAGGUGUUCAAGAACGUUCGUUUUCGUUCACGCUUUGGCGAUGCUUGCGAUCGUCCAUUGCGAAGUCGACGACGACGGUUACAACGAGAAUUAUUUCGAAGAUACUUUGUUAGAUAUUUUGGACCCUCAUUCAUUUUACUACAAAGAACAAAACGAGCAAGUACUAAAAGAUGUUCCCAUGAAUGGGGAAGAGAAUACUGAAAUAUCGACUGCAGUAAAGAGUCGUAAAGCAGAUAAUAAUUACAGCAUGCAUGAAGCUGUUUUCUAUAAACGGUUAGUCAACCUAUUGCUGGCGAAUAUUCAUAUACAAGAUAAAGAUGAGAUAUCGAUAUCCGGGAUACUAGAGAUUGAAAUGACUCAUGCCGAGAUGAAAACGCUCGAGAACUUCCCAGUGAACAAAACGUCCUUAAGGGACAUCGAUGAAAUAUUGAGUAACAUAAUAAAGAAGCCUCGAUUCGAUUAUAUAAAUAGCCAUGGAGGUAGAUAUAUUCUUGAUCUAUUCCAACAAGGUAUUGGCAUGUUAUUUGAAACAGUACAGAAUAAUCCCGACGGAGCUCUAAUUCUAUUUGCCAUGCUGAUGGUAUUCUGUUCUUUUAAAAUGUUCAAAUGGGGUCAGAGACUCCCCAUCGUCGCUCUUAUACAAAUCAUGUUUAUACUAAGUUUCUUUAUGACUUGGUGGCAUCUGAUACAAGAAGCCGAAGCCAAGUUCAGGGCUGAACAGAAGAAGUACACGGAAAUGCCUAUCUCCUGCCAUCCAGAAAAAAUGAGUUACUGGGACAAAUUCGUUUCAUUGUUCUAUCAUGACGAUUGCGAACAGUAUUAUAAAACGAUGAUGUUGAAUCCGAAGUUAAAAGUCACUCCGGCGUUCGCGAUGUCACAUUUUAUAACAACCGUAAUUCUCUAUCCAAUCACACACGUGGGCACGAUCAUAUCUGUAUUUAUAAGAAACGCAACAGAUGAUCUGCCGUUCACCUAUGGAUGGAUCGUAAAGUGUAUGUUUUACUUAGUCGUGUGUAUUGUUAUAAUCACAAUACCGUUUUGGCUAUCGAGUGCAGCUAUAUAUUUGCCGUUCGGGUUCGGGAUUAGGUACUUCAGAAACAAGAAUCAAGGUAAUUCAUUACCAAGUAUAGAAAAACGAGAACCUGUACAAAUAUAUCUUCAGGUGUCUCAAGGAACAGGCGUAGCGCAAAUAAAAGAUACGUCGGAGGCAGAGCGAUCGAAACCUCUCAAGGCUGCGUUACCUGAAAUCGAAGAUGUAACAGAUAAAUCCGAUGAUUUGUCUAAAGGUGAUGUUGUGGACAAAAUAGAAACGAAUGAUAACAAGAAGAGCCAGGAAUGUGAAGAAGAAAGGGUGAAGAAACACGACGGAAGUGGAGAUAAUUAAUAAUAAUUGUGAUAAUUAACAAUGAGUGUUCAGUUUUUUUAUUGUAAAAACGUUACUUACAUGUUACAAGAGAUGAACUGUUUAAUUUUGUACGAUGAAUUACUAACUUGUUUUUA